CCAGCAACUCAAACUCAACCCACUCAACCAUGGCUGCUGGGCCGAUUGCCGAACGUAAUCAAGAUGCCACCAUCUACGUCGGUGGUUUGGACGACAAAGUGUCCGAAACGCUGCUGUGGGAAAUGUUUGUCCAGGCCGGUCCGGUGGUUAACGUCCACAUGCCGAAGGAUCGUGUAACGCAGAUGCACCAGGGUUACGGUUUUGUCGAGUUUCUAGGUGAAGAGGACGCUGAUUAUGCGAUUAAAAUUAUGAACAUGAUCAAACUGUACGGAAAGCCCAUCCGGGUAAACAAAGCUUCGGCUCACCAGAAGAAUUUGGAUGUUGGAGCUAAUAUUUUCAUUGGAAACUUGGACCCGGAGGUGGACGAGAAGUUGCUUUAUGAUACUUUCUCAGCGUUCGGAGUGAUUCUGCAGACGCCAAAAAUUAUGCGAGAUCCGGAGACGGGUAAUUCGAAGGGAUUUGCGUUUAUCAAUUUUGCUAGCUUUGAAGCUUCGGAUGCAGCGAUGGAUGCCAUGAACGGUCAGUAUCUUUGUAACCGUCCUAUUUCGGUAUCGUAUGCUUUCAAAAAGGAUUCCAAGGGGGAACGGCACGGUUCUGCGGCGGAACGUUUGUUGGCGGCACAGAAUCCACUGUCUCAUGCCGAUCGUCCCCAUCAGCUGUUUGCCGAUGCUCCGGUUCCUCCUCCGAUCAUUCCUAUGAUGCCAACCCAUCCAAUGAUGCCACCACCUUUGAUGGCACCUCCGCCUCCCCCGACGCCUGCAGUCGUACCUCCUCCCCCACAGGCACCAUCGGCUCCACAUUUCACGGCCGGUGCUAUUCCCCCUCCCCCGUUGCCUCCGCCUAUCGGUCAACCUCCGCUGCCACCGUCAGCUCCCAUGGGAAUUCCGGCUCCGCCGCGGAUGAUUCCGCCACCACCCUGGCAGCAGCCGGCUCCGCCACCACCAACACCGCCCACGGGUGGUCCCCCACGACCGCCGCCACCAAGCUGGCGUCCUCCGCAGCCACCACUUCCGCCGCAAAUGCCACCCGGUGCGUUCCCCGGGCAGCCUAGGCUGCCACCUCCUCCUCCGGCCAAUUUUAGUGCCGAUACUUUUAAUUUCUAGAUGAGAAAUUUGCGUGAAAUAAA